UUUUUUGGUUGGACGAAAUGAUGGGUGAACUGUACGUGAGUUCCAGGUGUAACAGAUAGGUUUGGUGAAAGUCUCAGUCUUUCUCUCACACUGCGACUAGUGGCAGAACCCAGAUUCUCUGUACGUACUACAACUCCAUUUUCUUUUGUGGCUCACACAUACAACACACUCAUAACUUCACAGACAAUGAAACUGUCACAGGCAUUGGUGCGAACACCCUUCUCAACAACAUCACCAGCGUUACUCCGCACUCAAAAUUCUAUCUUGUCCUCAAAUGGCAAAAGGGUCUUUGUGUUGGGUUACCAAAGCCUCCGGCUCCCGAGUUGCGCGUGUAGCAACUCGGGAUCCGCUGUUUCUUCUUCUCCGGCGGCGGCGGCGAAAGAGACUAAUCCUUCGCCGCUGCCUCAUGUUGCUUCCAAUUCUGGAUAUGAUUCUGCGGUGACUCUGGAGCUGCCAGGGAAGUUGGAGGCCUUAGAGGAAGGCAUUGAGAAGGUGAUUUAUAGAUGCCGGUUUAUGGCUAUUCUGGGAGUAUUUGGGUCUUUAACUGGAUCAUUUCUGUGUUUUAUCAAGGGAUGUACAUUUGUCACAGCAUCGUUUAUGCAAUACUUUGUAAACCGCAGUAAAGUAAUCCAAACGCUAAUAGAAGCUAUUGAUGUCUAUCUCUUAGGAACUGUGAUGCUGGUCUUUGGAAUGGGUCUCUAUGAGCUCUUUGUCAGUAAUCUUGGAGUGGAUCAAAAACCUUCUCACAGAUCAAGUCUCUUUGGUUUAUUCACUCUAAAGGAACGACCAAAAUGGCUGGAUAUAAAAACUGUGGAUGAACUGAAAACCAAGCUUGGUCACGUCAUAGUGAUGCUGCUUCUGAUUGGGUUGUUUGACAAAAGUAAGAAGGCUGCUAUACACACUCCUGUGGAUUUGCUUUGCUUCUGUGUUUCUGUCCUCCUUUCUUCUAGUUGCCUCUUUUUGCUGUCUAAGCUGAAUUAGGCAACAUGAUGUUCACAUACUUACAUGUAAAGUGAGUAUCAUAACAAGUGUGAUACACAUAAAAAAAAUUGAUGUACCCAAUACUUACUUUUCUUCUGUAUAUAUUAGGAUGAAUAUGCAAUUGUCUUGGUCUUUCCUUUGUUGUGCAUUUGUACCUCUUAACCAA